CUCGCAACGGCAGCCUUUGGUCUUUGGCACAGUCCGCGGCGGCCACAGUCCCCUCUCCUCUCCUACUUACUUGUUUCCACAACCUCAUCUCUACUAAAAGCCAGGAGCACAACUUACAUUCGUUUCAUCGUCACUUUGUUUUCUAUCUCCCUUGACGGGUGCUUCUCUUUUGAUUAUCACUUUCUCGCCUGCCUGCCUACCGACCUCCUUGAUCGACUGUUGUAUACUGUGUCUGCUGAGGCUUGAUUAGCUGAAGUCCCUCAAUUCGAAUCGUUUUUAUCGAUAAACAGAGGAACGAGCUUAAAAGAACUCUUUCUUAACUGGCCGUUUCUCUUGUCUUUCCGUCCUUUCGUUGCCUACGACCUACACAUACCACUUCGUUAUCGGAUAAGAAAAGACAUGCCUCGUCGUCCACCUCCAACAUCUCUCCGCCUUCACAAAGGACCGAUGCCUUCCCGUGGACAAGCAAAGCACACCCUUCCAUCUGUCCCACGUCCAGUACACGUCCCAUCAGACGUUACGCGUUCCACCGUAAAGCCAGCUCCCGAGCCACGGAUAAUGGCCACUCCGCCUCACGGCUCCGUAUACUCCCAGCGACAUGCACACUCUAUUGAAGACCCUGUUCGUGGGCCAUGGGACCAUUCUCGCGCAGUAUCAUUGCCCAUCGACGUCGGCUCGGUGUUGGCACUGCCAAAGCCUGUCGCAAUCAGCCCGUGA